AUGGGUAUCGACAUCGACCAUAGGCGCGGGCAUAAAGCCAAACGGACUGCACCCAAGUCCAAAGAUGUGUAUUUGUUGCUGUUGGUCAAGUUGUACCGUUUCUUGGCUCGCCGUACCCGUUCCCAUUUCAACAAAGUUGUAUUGAGACGUCUGUUCAUGUCUCGUAUUAACCGUCCGCCGAUAUCGUUGAGCGCUAUCUCUAAGUACAUGACCAAGAUCGCCGAUGAAAAGCGUAUUGCAGUUAUCGUUGGCACUGUUGUUGAUGACAAGAGGUUGUACAAAGUGCCCAAGCUUACAGUUUGUGCAUUGCGUGUGACUUCAGGAGCCAGAGCUCGCAUCUUAAAAGCCGGUGGAGAAAUCCUCACUUUUGAUCAACUAGCGUUGAAGGCACCAACUGGCAAGAAUACUGUUUUAUUGCAAGGUAAACGCAAAUCACGUGAAUCAUGCAGACACUUUGGUCCAGCUCCAGGUGUACCCCACAGCCACACUAAACCAUAUGUGCGCUCCAAGGGACGCAAGUUUGAACGAGCUCGUGGUAGGAGGCGUGGAUGUGGUUUCAAGAAAUAA